GUUAUGAUCUCAAUUUCUCAGCAACUUAAUGGCACACAAUUGCCAUGGGAUGUCACCAAAGAGCCAAACCCAUGUUUAUGGCAAGGAGUCGCAUGCAGCCGCUCAAACAACAGCUCCAUAACCUCACUUUCUCUAUCUGGGUUUGGCCUCUCUAACUCUGACUUUCUGAGUGAGGUGUGCAGGAUUGAUUCUUUGCAGUCACUGAACCUGUCCAUCAACAAUUUGAAAAGUAUCUCAGAUGGGUUCUUCAAUGGUUGUGGAGGGAUUGAUGGGUUGAAGGUGUUGGAUUUUAGCAGGAACAGGUUGUUGAGUCAGUUGGUUUCACUCAAAAUUUUGAGUCUUAGUGCCAAUGAAUUCAGUGGGUCUGUUCCUAUUGAGCUAGGGGAAUCUUUUGUUUUGGAACAACUUCAGCUGUCUAAGAACAUGUUCCAUGGUGAAAUUCCUCUAGAACUGCUUAAAUAUAAGAAUUUAAUCGUCAUUGAUCUUAGUGGUAAUAAUCUUACUGGGUCCAUUCCCGAAUCUAUCGGUAACCUGUCCAAGUUGCAAUUCUUGGUUCUGUCAUCCAAUAAAUUAAGUGGAAAAAUCCCAAAAUCCAUUUCAAGUAUCAGCACCCUGCAGCGGUUUGCAGCUAAUCAGAACAACUUUGUUGCUGAAGUUCCUGCUUUGAUUACAAGAUAUAUCAAAAUUUUAGACCUUAGCUAUAACAACUUGUCUGGGUUGAUUCCAUCUGACCUUUUGUCACAGCCAAGCUUACAGCACGUGGAUUUGUCUGUUAAUUUGUUAAAUGGAACAAUACCUGAAAGUGUGUCUUCCAGGAGCUUGGUAAGGCUGAGAUUGGGAAGCAACUCACUCAGCGGCUCAAUCACUGCAAAACUUGCAACACUUCAGAACUUGGUUUACUUGGAGCUGGAAAACAAUAACUUUUUUGGAUCCAUUCCCCCGGAAUUGGGUGCCUGCCAGAAUUUGUUGCUAUUGAACUUGGCUCAGAAUAACAUAACUGGGACACUGCCAGUGCAACUGGGCAAUUUAACCAAGCUUCAAGUCCAAUUCCAUCUUCAAUUUCAAAUUUGAAGAAACUCAUGAACAUGAACCUACAGAGCAACAAUCUUGUUGGUUCAAUCCCCGUCACUCUCGUAGACUUGAAUUUUCUGAUAGAACUCAACCUUGGAGGAAAUAAACUAAGUGGGAGUAU